AUGGAGUUUGCAUCUCCAUUUAUCACUCCUGUUGUUGAAUGGUUGUUGAUUCCCGUUAAAAGACACUUGGGUUUCAUAUUUUCCUCCACAAAGUAUGAUAGGGACAUGCGUACCAAAAUAAGGGAAUUGAAUUCCACCGCAAUUGAUAUGAAGAAAAGAAUGGAAGAAAAUCAUGUGAAAAAUUUAAUGGUACCUCAUCAUGUUCCAAUUUGGUUGGAACAAGCUGAAGCGAUAGUUAGGGAAGUCGAUAGUAUUUCAUCGCGUGGAAAUGGAUAUUUGCAUGUUAAGAGAAGAUACAAAGCUGGCAAACAGUGCCGCAAUGUCAUCAAGGUUAUUGACGGCCUUAUGAGAGAAAAAUCAAACAUGGAAUGGACUAAUGAGCAAAUGCCUCUUGGUAUGGUUUGUUCUGCCACCCCUCAAGUACCGCAGGAUGUUACCCAAAACAUUUUUAAGUCUAGACAAGUGAUAUUUCAAAGGGCAUUGCAAUUGCUUGAACCAGAUAAUCCGAACCAGAUGGUGGCUCUAUGUGGUAUGGGUGGUAUAGGCAAAACUACAAUGAUGGAAGAAUUGAAGAAGGUUGUAGAGAAUAUGAAACUAUUUGAUCGGGUUCAAAGGGUGGUUAUGGGGAAAAGCACUGAUCCAAUUACAUUUCAAGAAGCUAUUGCACAGUAUACUGGUGGAAAUCUUUUAGAAUCAACUAAAGAAGCAAGGGCUGAUCGUCUCAAGGAAAGAUUUUUGAGGAUGUCCCAAGAUGGCAAGAAAAAGAUUUUGAUCAUAUUGGACGAUCUUUGGAACAUUGUUGACCUCAAUGAUAUUGGACUAGCGAGUCCUUUGCCAAAGGGCUUCAAGUUAUUUCUCACAUCACGGGAUGAAAGGCUUUGCAGUCAGAUGGGUGUUGAAACUAGCUCAAUAUUGAGAAUGCUUGGUUUAGAAGAACCAGAAGCAAAACAAUUAUUCUGGGUUACCACGGGACUUCCAGUUGGUGCUGUUGAUCAUCAGCUCAUUAAGCUAGGAGAAGAUAUUGUGAAGAGGUGUGGUGGGUUGCCGAUGGCCAUAAAAACCAUUGCCUUGGCUCUUAGAGGUGAGGUAAAGGAUGCAUGGAGAGUUACACUCAUAGGAUUACAUCGGCAUGACCUUCAAGACCUUUACGCUGUUGUAUAUGACAUAUUUGAGAUAAGCUACAACUAUCUCAAAAAAGAUGAUGAUAAGGAAAUUUUCCUUCUUAGUGGCUUAUAUCCUGAUGAUUUUGAUAUUCCGUUGGAAGACUUGAUGAGGUAUGGAUGGGGAUUGAAGUUAUUUAAUAAAGUGUAUACUUUAGCUGAAGCAAGACAACGGACUAACACUUCUGUUCACAACCUCAUACGUGCAAAUUUGUUGGUUGAAACUGAUCGAAUAGGAUGUGUCAAAAUGCAUGAUCUUGCACGUUCUUUCGUCUUAUCAAAUAUUUUAAAGUUCAAGCAAGCUUCCGUUGUUAAUCAUAGUGACCUGUCGGAAUGGCCUACAGAAGAUACACGGGAGUCUUGCGAAAGAAUUUUAUUGAAGUGCAAAGGCAUGUCUGAAUUUCCCCGACGCUUUGAUUACCCCAACCUUAAACUUUUGAAGCUAAUGAUGAAUGAGAAAGAACCUCUCAUGUUUCCAGAAGAUUUCUAUACUAGGAUGAAAAAACUUCAAGUCAUUUCAUGUCGUAGUAUUCUAUAUCCACAGCUUCCAAUACCACUUCAAUGUUCAACCAGCCUUCGUGUGCUAUGUCUCCGUUCAUGCUCAUUGAUGGGUGAUUUAUCUUAUCUUGGCAAUCUUAGUAAUCUGGAAAUACUCAGCUUUGCUUACUGUCGCAUCAAGAAUUUACCAUCUGCUAUGGGAAAUUUGAGAAAGCUAAAGUUACUAGAUUUGACUGGAUGUGUUGAGCUUUGUAUUGGUGAUGGUGUCUUUCAAAACUUAGACAAACUUGAAGAGCUUUAUAUGAGAAAUCUGAGCUACAAAGUUAUCAGCUUCACAGAAGACAACUGUAAAGGACUGGAGAUGCUUGAACUCAUUGCAUUAGAGAUCGAAUUCUUUGAGAAUAUGAUUCGGCCGAAUAACGUGUCUCUUAAGAAACUGGAAAGGUUCAGAAUAUCUAUAGGUUGUCAGUUGGAUACUAUAUAUGACAAUGAUGUGUAUUCAUAUGAAAACACAUUGAGACUAGUUGCUAGCUGCGAAGAGGUUCGUGCAUUUGAAAUAAAUGAGUUGUUUGGGAAAACAGAGAAGCUUCAUUUGCAAGUGGAAGAUAUAAAUCAUCUUAAAGAUUUUUUGAUGCAUCCUUCCGAAGAUUCUUUUUGCAAUUUAAAACAUCUUUCUUUUGAAAAUUGCGCAAACUUAAAGUACCUUUUCACUGUUGAUGUGGCAAGUACUUUGACUAAUCUUGAGAGACUCAAAGUUUCGUCUUGUCGUGUUCUGGGAUCCUUGAUACAUGAUGAGAAUAACGGAGCCGAGGUGAUUAAAUUUCAUAAGUUAAAGCGUUUGGUGUUGGAAGGGUUACCAAUGUUUGUGAGUUUGUGUGACAAUAUCAAUAUUGGAAUGAUUUUACCACAACUGUUGGAGCUCAGACUUUCUUACCUUCCCAACUUUACAUGCAUCUUUGCUUCAUGCAAUAAUGUUUCAGCAACAACACGACCACUGUUUAAUAAUGAGGUGGUGAGUCCAAAGUUGGAGGAACUGGAAAUUCGUGGGAUGAAGAAGUUGAAGGAUAUAUGGGCGUGUGAGGAGGAAUAUGAUAGAACUCCAGUAUUGAAAGAGAUUGAAGUGGACGAGUGUGAUGAUAUCCAUCAUCUUUUUGCAAACAAUCCAAUGCGAUUACUGAGUCAUUUAGAAAAGCUUCUAGUUCAAAAUUGUGGUUCUAUUCAAGCGUUUUUCUACAUAGACUCGGAAUGUGUUGGGCAAGUUAAUAGCAGCUUGAAAAGCAUUCGGGCAUCAGGACUUCAAAAACUAAGGGAGGUGUGGAGGAUAAAAGAUGAAGAUAACUCUGGUAUCCUCAUUCGUAAUUUUCAUGCCGUGGAAUUCAUACAAAUCAACCAGUGUAAUAACUUCAGAAAUAUAGUCACACCUAAGACCAUCAAAUUUGAUAUGGGAGCAAUCAUUGACAUCACCGUUGAUAUGUUUGGAGAAAAAUGGGGCACAUACAAUAGAUCAGUUGACAAAGAGAAUGAGAUAUUAGAAGUGGACGAUAGUCAUCCUAUAGUUGCGGUUCCAUCCUUUUCCAUCCACACUUUACAUCACCAAAAAUCAUCAUUUCAGAACCUCACAACCAUAUACAUGGAGAAUUGUAAAACCAUUGAGUACUUAUUUUCUCCUCUCAUGGCGGCACUUCUUUCCAACUUAAAGAAAGUAGAUAUACAUAAAUGCAAAAGAAUUCAAGAAGUUGUCUCAAAUAGAGAUGAUGAAGAUGAAGAAGGUACCACAUCUACAUCUACUUCCACAAACAUCUCUUUGUUCCCUCGUCUUGACUGUCUCACCCUUCAUAACCUGAAAAAUCUCAAGCAUAUUGGUGGAGGCAUACCCAAGAGUACAACUCAUGCUAGGAAAGAUAAUUUUACGUUUUCUGUUUCAUGGUCCUUAGGCCAAUACUCUAGAGAGAUACAGAUAAGAAGUUGUCAUGCUUUGUCAACUGUGAUUCCAUCCUAUGCAGCGGAACAACUGCAAAAGUUUGAAGUGUUGGAAAUUUAUGAGUGCAGCUCUAUGAUGGAGGUAUUUGAAACUGAAGAGUUGAAAAAUGGUCUUAUUAAUGGCCAAGGAAAUACUGGUAGGGAUGAUACAACACUUGCAGCAAUUCCUAGACUCAAAAGUAUUACAAUGCAUAAAAUGCCCAACCUAAAGAUAUUGAAUAUCGAAAAAUGUCACCGAUUGGUAGAUAUAUUCACAUUUUCCACACUUGCAAAUCUCAGGCAACUUGAAAAGUUGAGCAUACAAGAUUGCAGGGAACUAAAAGUGAUUGUGAGGAAAGAACAUGCAGAGCAAACAACAACAUCAAAGGUUGUUAUCUUUCCUUUUCUAAAAUCAAUAAUUCUAACCAAGCUACCAAACCUUAAAGGUUUUUAUUUUGGGAUGAAUGAGUUCCAAUUGCCGUUAUUGGAUGAAGUUAUUAUCGAAAGAUGUUCCGAAAUGAUGGUGUUCACAUCCCUUCCAUUUAGAGCUCCGAAGGCUAAGUACAUACACAUAAAUGGAGGAAAAUAUACUUCUAGUUCUUUUAUGAGGACAACCACUUUACCUCAGAACCCAUCCCAGAGUUUAAACAAUAUUUCAUCGAGUAAUAUUUCAGGAGAGUUUCUUUUAUGUUCUCACUGUUUGAUCUCAAUGAAUGCAAGCGAUGACUGGAAACGCAAAGUAAUUUUCUCAUAUGAUGAGCUGCCACAACUGCUAAAUCUUCAAAAGUUGGAUGCAAGUCAUUGUGAAUCAGUAAACGAGGUAUUUGAUAAUGGAACAAGAGUAAGAUGUUCUAAUUCAUCACAAACUGUUGUAAAGCUUCCAAAGCUAAGAGAUGUGAACUUAUGGGGGCUAAAUAGUCUGAAGGCUAUUUGGAGGAGUAAUGGUCAGACAAUAUUGGAGUUUCCAAACCUGACAAAACUGUCUAUCUAUCAAUGCAAACAGUUAGAACAUGUUUUUACAUGUUCGAUGGUUGGUAGUGUAUUGCAACUAAAAGAGUUAAGUAUAAGUGUGUGUCCGGAUAUGGAAGUAAUCGUAAAGGAAGACCAAGAGGAAGAAGAAGGUGGUGAUGGUAAAGUGAAUGAAAUGAUCAUGUUACCUCGUCUAAAGAAGUUAAGACUUACAAAUCUUGCAAGUCUCAAGGGAUUUUGCUUAGCGAAUGUCGAUUUUUCGUUGCCAUCACUGAAUAGCAUGGAAUUUACAGGAUGCAAAUCUCUAACGAUUUUUACGAAAGGAGGUUUGUUUGUUCCCGAGUUAAAAGUCAUCGAAACAAGUUUAGGCUCUAUUAAUCUUGCAGAGGAGCAAAAUAUCAACUCCUAUAUAAUCACCAAAAGACUAGAGGGAUUUCAUUUUGGAUACCGAGAAUAUCGUGGAACCAGGACAACAUUGAGAAUUCAAAGGAAGUUCAGUUUAAGGGUUGUGUAA